AUCAAUUGUGUAUUUGUCAAAAGUUGUGACAACUCCCUUGACGUGUCGAAUAUUUGGGUUAACACGAUUACAUAUUUCGCUAUUUUAUGCCCUAAUUUACUGUAUAUUUUAAGACUGGUGUAUGGUGUUACAAGGCGAAUAGAAGAACUGCGAUGGAUUUCUUCAAGAGCGGCUUAAAAACCGUUCUGGGGGCGCCGGAGCCCGGUCAAACUCCGUCGGGUGCAGAAACGGUGGAGCGUCUAGUGGACCGAGUGAACAACUCUACUUUGCUUGAGGACCGGCGAGAUGCGUGUCGCGCUCUCAAAGCCAUGUCUCGCAAGUACCGCGUAGACGUCGGGGCUCAUGGCAUGGACACAUUGAAACAGGUUUUAGAGCUCGACCGAGCAGACAACGAAACAAUAAACUACGCUUUAGACACCCUCAACAACGUGAUGUACCCCACACAGUUUGAAGAGGAGGAGGACAACCCCCACGUCCCCAUGAACAUCGGCGAACAGUUCACAGAGAUGUUCAUCAAGGACCACCACAACAUACAACUCGUCCUAGACUUGCUCGACGAGUUUGACUUUAGAGUUAGACUAUCAGCCGUACAACUGUUAACUUCACUUUUGACAAAUAGACCGAAGGAUAUUCAAGAGAUUAUUCUAGUGAAACCUAUGGGCGUAUCCAAAAUGAUGGACUUAUUAGGAGAUCCGAGAGAAGUUAUCAGAAAUGAAACGCUCUUACUACUCAUUAAGUUAACUAGAGGGAAUGCGAAUAUACAGAAAAUAGUUGCGUUUGAAAACGCCUUUGAUAGACUUUUCGAUAUUGUGUCGACUGAAGGCUUCUCCGAUGGAGGAAUUAUAGUCGAAGACUGUUUAUUACUUAUGUUGAAUUUGUUAAAGAAUAAUAGUAGUAAUAUUAACUUCUUUAAAGAAGGUAGUUACAUACAGAAGAUGUUACCAAUGUUUAAUACACCAGACGAAUCGGAGGAUUAUGGCUGGUCACCGCAGAAGGUUUCAAACGUACACUGCAUGUUGCAGAUAGUUCGUACUUUAGUGUCACCGAGCAAUGCCAUACAGAUUAUAUCUAGCUGUCAAAAGAUAAUGAAAAAUGUAGGACUGUUGGAUGCUUUAUGUAAUAUACUUAUGGCAAGUGGUGUGCCCGCGGAUAUACUGACAGAGACUAUAAACACGGUGGGGGAGGUGAUUAGGGGGGAUGUGGUGAACCAGGAGUUCAUGGGCAACGUGAUGGCGCCCUCGAACCCGCCUCGGCCGGCCAUUGUGGUGCUGCUCAUGUCAAUGGUUAAUGAGAAACAGCCGUUUUCUUUAAGAUGUGCAGUGCUAUACUGCUUCCAGUGCUACCUAUAUCACAAUGAGAUGUCCCAAGCGAGUUUAGUGCAGACUUUACUACCCUCUUCAUCUGAUGUCUCAAGCCUCACCAGUGGCCAUCUAUUAUGUGGUGGUCUUUUCUCUUCUGACGUGCUCUCAAACUGGUUCGCGGCAGUGGCGCUAACACACGCCCUCAUAGAAAACCCCGGACAGAAAGAACAAUUACUACGAGUGCUGUUAGCGACUAACAUUGGAAGUGCUCCUGUUUCGUUAUUGCAUCAGUGUACGCUGACUUUACAGCAGACUACAAAACUACAACCGAAGGUGGCCCUCCUAAUGUUGCUGUCGCAAUGGACGUCACAUUGCCCGGCGGCUGUGAGCGCUUUCCUUAAAGUCCCCGGCGGAGUGGGCUACUUAGUUAAUCAGACCUGCUCCAAUGAACAUGACGAAAAUGAAUAUUUACUACAAGGUCUCUCAGCAUUCCUCCUAGCAAUCUGCAUACAUUUCAACGACGACUCAGUCGAGAACUACUCCAAAGAUUCGCUCAAACAGCUCCUUCUAAAGCGGAUAGGCAUCGAAACCUACACCGCGAAGCUCAGCGAAGUGACCAAACACGAGCUUUAUAAUAAGGCAGCGAAGCAUCCACAGUUGAGGGUUAAAAUGGCGUCGGAAAUACUUAUCGAUUAUGAGUUCUGUAGACUAUUUAAAGUGCUGGAAAGCGUAGUGACCCAAAGUCUGACAGUCAAACAAGAGAACGGGACUUCUGAACCAGAACGGGCGUCUCCUGAUGACGCGACCUUGGACCAGUACAAGAACCUUAUAAGACAGCAAGACGCGAGGUUACAGCAGCUCAUGCAGCAAGUUGAGGGGCUGAUCCAACACAAUAAUCAGCUACAGAGCGCCCUCAACGACUCAAUAGCCUCAAACUCUCACCUCAAGGAUGAGAACACGCUAUUAAAGGCGCAAGUCUCUGCCAACCCUGUGCGAGCCACUGACGCCGAGUAUGAAACCAGGCUCAACCAGCUCACACUAGAAGUUACCAGGUUAGAUGCUGAACUAGAGAAAGCGAGAGAAGCGGAGACUAUGGCGGUGCAAGAGUUAGAAAAGACGAAGAAGGAUCAGGAUGACUUACUCGAGCUAUUGGCGGAUCAGGACAUGAAGCUAAAUGAAUACAAAGCGAAGCUAGCGGCUCUAGGACACCCCGUCGAAGAUGCCCCUGCGGACGAACCCGCCCCAACUCUCACGUAAUGUUGCCAACAUACUUCACAUAAUGUUUCCAACAUACGUUAAGCUAGGAACAUAUUACGCGGACGUCCGCCGUGGCGCGACCGUUGACGCAGAUCUAGACAAUGAAUAUACACUUAUAACCGUGCGAAAUAUCGGUCGUCGGUCGUGGACGUGGCCUUGAGCGCACGGACGUCCGAUCGAAAUCUGGCUCGCUGGAUGUUUUGGUAAGCCGAAGCUACGUCCCGAAGACCGUGCACACUGAUCGGUCGCAGUCGCGCGACCGCGGACGUCCGCGUAGUAUGUUCCUAGAUUUAUACAUUUAAUGUUGUCAACGUGCGUUAACAUAAUGUUACCAACGUUCGUUACGUAAUGUUGCCAACGUACGGUACAGUCGCCAUCGGAUAUAUCGGAGCGGUCAAGGUCACAAAUCUGAACACGCCUCUGUUGUCAAGGCGAUAAGGCGUGUUUAUUUUUGCGCGCCCCGGCCGUUCAGAAAGAUGGCGACUAUACAUACAUUGCGGUACGUAAUGUUGCAAUGUUACACUGGCAACACAGUAGCCAGCAACAGGCUAGUUUCCUACUAGUCAAAUCAGCUUCUUUUUAAGAACUGUCAAAACGAUUUGCUAAUAUGGAAUUACUAUGAAAUACUGAGGAGUGACGUCACGGUCAAUUCAUAUACUUUACUUUC